UUAAAGCUUCUGAAAAAAAAAAAAACGGUACUUGUUGAUGACGUCGUCGCUCGCACUUGGGCCAGCCCAAUUCUACAUUUCCCCUCAUCCGCCGGGCGGAAACAACAACCUUCAAUUCUUCAGCCGAAGAUUCAAUUCAUUUGGAUUCGGAUCGUCCAAGUUCACACGCAAUCGCAACGCCAUAGUCACCAUGGGCGAUUCCCCCUCCAAUUCCAGCGGGGCAGAGUAUGCAGAGAUCAUGGUGAUCCGUCACGGCGAAACAGCCUGGAACGCCGAUGGUAGAAUCCAGGGACAUCUGGAUGUUGAGUUGAAUGAUGCCGGGAGGCAGCAGGCAGCUGUUGUGGCGGAUAGAUUAUCCAAGGAAGAUGCAAUCUCUCAUGUAUACUCAUCUGAUUUGAAACGAGCUUACGAGACUGCUCAGAUAAUCGCAGCCAGGUGCGGUGGGCUAAAUGUUGUGACGGAUCCUGAUUUACGAGAAAGACACUUGGGUGAUCUUCAAGGCCUUGUAUUUAGAGAUGCGGCCAAACUUAGUUCCAAGGCCUUCCAGGCCUUUAAUUCGCACCGUACUUGUCAAGAUAUUCCGGGUGGCGGAGAAAGUCUUGAUCAGCUUUAUGACCGUUGCACAGCUGCAUUGGAGAGAAUUGGUGGCAAGCACAAAGGAGAGCGAGUAGUUGUAGUCACUCAUGGGGGUGUCAUCAGAUCACUGUACCAGCGAGCUUGCCCAAAUGGCAAGUCCAUAGGGAAAGUGACCAAUACAUCGAUCAACACAUUUCACUUGUAUGAUGAGGACAAAUGGAUCAUAAAAUCCUGGGGUGAUGUUAGUCAUCUGAAGGAAACAGAUUAUCUGGAAUCAGGUUUUGGAGGGGAUGGAACUUCUGGUUAGUUUGUCCUUAGGUGCUCUUGCAAUUUGUACUAAUCAAUACAAUAAUGACAAUAAUGGUUUUUGCACAAUUGAGUAACAGUUCAGUUAAAGCCCUAUGAUGAAUUGAUUUAUUGGUUUCCCUAAUGGAAUACAGAUUGCUUGGUUGAGUCUGAAUUUGUGACU